AUGGGGUAUUUAGUAACAGUACUCAUUGCAGUUGUAAUUUUCUAUGCUGUUCUUAGUGUAACAGAUUACUUUAAAGCUGUACCCGAUGAGUACUUGCGACAUCAAUCUUUUCAAGAGCCAACACGAUUGCCACAUGAAUCACCUAUUUACAAGCUGAGCAAGAAUGCCACGCUUAGAGUUGGCUUGGAUAUACGUUAUGAUCAUUAUAAGAUUCGGCUGGGCAAUUUAAAUGACGUGUGGACCAUAUUAAUGGACCAUGUAUCUCGCAACUCAGAAGCAGGACUGACUGAAAACCUCAUAGAAAAAAGCAUUUCAGUCAACGGGGUAAAGGUGAAAUACACGUAUAUUAACCAUUGUAUUUCAGAAUGGAAAAAGAAGAAGCAAGAAAUGCAAAAGGAAAAGGAAAAGGAAAAAAAUACGGAUACUGUGCGACUAGUGGAAAGUUUUAAUAUUCCAAUAGAGUAUGAGGUUGACUCGAAAUGGGUUAUUGUUGUGCUCAUAGGGUUUGUCACACAAACUCAAGUUCAUUUCUAUGAAAAAAGGUGUAAAAAGCCAGCUAAUGGAUUGGACAUUUCUGAAAUGCUGUUUGACGAAGAACUGGGAGAAGACGAGUUGGUGUUUGAAAACAAGUACAUUCCAGAGAAGGAUAAAGGAAUAGCUUUGAAAUACCUGAAACAAAUACGGCCUGGGAUUGUAACCCAAGUUGAGUAUACUCAAUUGAAUAUUAUAAGUGCAGUUGCAUCUACGAUCAAACAUCUACCACCUGCAUUUGACCUUUUGCGAAAGUCCAUGGCCAUUGUUUCUUACCCCGAUUUUAUAAACGUCUCCAAUUUGAUUGUUAAGUUACUUGCAGGGUUUGUCUCAAACAUGAAUAUAGAGAUCUUGCACGCAUCAAGUGUUGGCAUUGAAACAAAGAUUGGCAGUGAAGUUGAGAUUUUGUCCAUACCUGAACAAUUGGUCAAUCGUUACAAUUUUUUACACUCUAGCUCGAUAUCAAAUAAACUCAAUUGGCAGCUUCUAAGUCAAGGUAUUUUCAAGUCCAAAAGGUUAAUAUACAUACAAUCAAGCCUCGAGCUGCCGCAGCUUACAUCAAAGCAACGCAACCAAUUAGCAGUUGCAAUGAAGUCGCGUGUUAUACACGAAUAUGGAGUCUUCAAUAUACUCGGUCCUGUAGUGCUUACAGAUUACUAUGAGUAUAGAAUGUUUGGAGCUUCAUUUGGCGGUGUUGCGCAAAGUUUGGAGAUCAAAUUGGUCAAUGUUGACCGAUUAAUGGCAGGCAGUUUAAUGGUGCGAGGAUAUACAAUUGGGAAAUCCGCACAUUUUGUGAAUGAUAAAGAGGCAACAUUGCAGGAAGAAGCAGUCUCGAAUCAAUUUACAAAAAAAAGUGACGGUUUCAUGCCUCUUCCAUUAAAUAUCAGAGGAAAAUGGGGUACUGAUGGAUGUUUGUACAUAUUAUGA